AUGGUCGCGACUGCUGUUAGUUACUCGUUGCUUGAUGCUCUGAUGGUCGCGACUGCUGUUAGUUACUCGGUGCUUGAUGCUCUGAUGGUCGCGACUGCUGUUAGUUACUCGGUGCUUGAUGCUCUGAUGGUCGCGACUGCUGUUAGUUACUCGGUGCUUGAUGCUCUGAUGGUCGCGACUGCUGUUAGUUACUCGUUAUUUGAUGCUCUGAUGGUCGCGAAUGCUGUUAGUUACUCGUUAUUUGAUGCUCUGAUGGUCGCGACUGCUGUUAGUUACUCGGUGCUUGAUGCUCUGAUGGUUGCGACUGCUGUUAGUUACUCGCUGCUUGAUGCUCUGGUGGUCGCGACUGCUGUUAGUUACUCGUUGCUUGAUGCUCUGGUGGUCACGACUGCUGUUAGUUACUCGUCACUUUGGAACUAG